AUGGCGGCUACGGAAGUGAACGUUGCGAGCAGUGCAGAUGACCCGAAUUCAAAGAUGAUAACGGAAAAUUCUGCCCCGAAAUAUGUACAAAAGUGGAAUUUCAUGUUUAUAACAUCAUGUGUGUUUGCCGUUUCACUGGAUCCUUUGUUCCUCUACGUUCCUAUCCUUAACUACGAUAUGAAGUGUCUGAGGUUGGACAACAACUUGAAGAUUACAGCUCUUGUCUCACGAUCGGUCACAGAUCUGUUUUAUAUAGCAAAUAUUGUCUUUCAAGUUUACAGAUAUAAGAUUUGUUCAAACUUAAUCAAACUAUUUCUUCCCGGAAGUUGGUCGUCCAAGUUAGCUGAACUAAGGAAGAUAUGGCAGUCAUACAUCAUAGUUGACAUUUUAGCUAUUCUUCCUCUUCCACAGGUGAUAAUUCUCAUUUUCUUUUCAAAAAUGAGGGCCUCAAGAUCUUUAAGGAAGCUUAUGAACUUUCUUGUUAUGGUGCAAUAUGUACCACGAGUUCUUCGCAUCUACUUAUCAUGCAAGAAAUCCAAAAAACCUUUCAAAGGACAUACUGCAUUAUGGGUUAAAGGUUUACUCAAUUUUUUCCUCUACAUCCUUGCUAGUCAUUGUCCUUCAGUCGGGUAUAUUGUGGUCAACAAACUAUCCGCUGAAGUUUUCGAACAGUUUUUGUUGGGGCUUGCGGAAUUUGAGACAUAUGUGCUGUUAGAUACUGAAAGAUUAGAGUCGCACAGACGCAAGAUGAGACUUGAACGGAAGAUGAAAGCGAAAGGCCGAGAUGUAGAAUUAUGGUUAUCUAAACAUGGCACUCCCCUGCGUAGAAAGCCGGAUAUCAUGGAAAAGGUACGAUUAGAACUUGAAGAAAACUGGGAUAUUGAUGUGGAUCAGGAAAUCCUCUCUAUUCUUCCCCGGGAACUUCAAGACUACAUCGAAACUUGCAAGCCCUUGAGUAGGCUGAAGAACGUAGAGGUGCCACCAUUUCGAAACAUGGAUGAACAAGUUUUGAUAGAAAUCUCAAAGCAUCUUAAGCCCAAGAGGUAUACUAAUAAUCAAAUCAUUAUUAAAGAGGAUCAACCACUUGAAAUGAUGCUUUUUGUCGUGGACGGACGUGUAAUCAUUAAAAAGAAAGAUUGUUCCAGUAAGUUCCAACGACGUGCAGGACAUCUGUAUGGAGAGAAACUUCUAGUUUGGCCAUCAUGGACGUCCUUCCAUGAGGGGACAAGACCUAUAGCAACCGAGUCUGUUCAGGCCAUUGAUGAUGUUGAAGCCCUUGUUCUCUUGGCCAGCGACAUGGUCAGUAUAGGCUCUAGAUUCAGGUCAGAUUUCGAUAAGUUGAAGAUGAGUCUCAGUCAGAGUCAACAAACGGAUUCGCAUUGGGAGCUUUUGACUUGUGACAAUGUGACUAUGCUACAACAAGUGCCGAAGCUUCGAACCAUGGAUAAACAAGUGUUGAAAGCAAUGUCUGAACAUCUUCAAUCGAACGUCUAUGAACAAAACGUCAACAUUGUUCAAGAGUACCGACCACUUAGCAUGAUGUUCUUCGUCACGAGGGGAAAGGUAAUAAAUGGUGAGACCGGUCGUGCAGGAAAUAUUUUUGGAGAAGAACUUGUUGAGUGGGUACUGGAUAAGUCUUUUCCUGAGAUACUACCCUUGUCGACCUGUACUGCUAAAGUAGUCUCAAACGAUGCUGAAUUCCUCGUUCUAACGGCAGAAGUCUUGAAAUGUUUAGCCUCUGAUAACUUCGUGUCACAUUUCAGCAAGAUCGCCUCUCCGUCAGAUCUUUUUACUUUUGUUCGGUUGACUAGGCUAAAGAAAGUGGAAAUAUUUCGACAUAUGGACAAACAAGUGUUGGAAGCAAUUUCUGAGCGUCUUGAUGUCAAGAACUACCCUUUUGCAAACACCUACAUUAUUGGAGAGAACGAACCACUUAAAAUGAUGUUCUUCGUCGUGCGGGGAGUUGUAACUAUUAAAAAUAAUAGUACUAUUGAAAGGCCAAAAACCUGUGAAAUGGGAGGUUUUUAUGGAGAAGAACUUGCACAUUGGGUAACAACUUGGGUAUCACAUAGCUCCUUUCCUGCCAAACUACCUUUGUCAACUGGUUCUGCGCUACGCGGCCCCCGUGGUGGUACUGUUGAAAUCCUUGCUCUCAGUGCCGACGACUUGAAGAGUGUAGUCUCAAAAUUCAGAUCGAAUUUCACCAGGGAGAGCACCCUCCUUGCAUAUUCUGAGUUGGAGCCUUUGACUCGGGACCCAUUGACGAUACUAAAGAAUGUGGAAAGACUUAAGACUAUGGAUGAGAAAGUGUUGAAAGAAAUAUGUGGGCAUCUUGAGCUUAAAAAGUAUGAAGAUGAAGACAUUAUUCAACUGAAUGAACCAAUGGAAAUGAUGUUCUUCAUCAUGAGGGGAGUUGUUGCGGUGACAAAUGAGUACUGGAAACAUUACCGCAAUGAAGCAGAACGUACAAAUCACAGUGGAGACGACCUUAUAGAAUAUUGGGCACGAUCUAAAUAUACCGUAUUUUCUGCCGAGUUGCCCUUAUCUCCUUUUAGUUUUCGAGCCAUCGGUGAAGUUGAAGUUCUGGUUCUUAUGGCCAACGACUUGGCUAAGGUUCAGCCUCGUCAAAGUGCAACUAUAAUCGAUGGUUCAAUUAUUCAAGUUUAUUAG